ACUAGACAAUUCCAAAUUUUGCACUUUUUCUAGUUCUAGAAGAAAGGGUCUAAAAAUUGCAGAAAUUGCAUCCAUUAUUAUAAUUGUGGGAACACAAAUUGACAAAGUCAAAAUCUCAUUUGUGCAGUCUUGAGAAACAAGACACCAUUACUGUAGAGAGAUCUUGAACAGGUCAAUAUAAAUAAACCUUACCUCAACGCAAAGCGAAGUAUCAAUUCUCCCUUUUCUCGUACUUCCUCUCAAAACACCAAAUCGGAAAAAAACCAUGGCCGGAGUUGAAUUCCUCCCCAAAGAAUAUGGAUAUGUAAUUCUUGCUCUUGUCGUCUACUGUUUCCUCAACUUCUGGAUGUCCUUUCAAGUCGGCAAAGCCCGCAAACAGUACAAGGUUCCUUAUCCAACAAUGUAUGCUACUGAAGCUGAAAACAAGAAUGCUAAGUCCUUUAACUGUGUUCAGAGAGGUCAUCAGAAUUCAUUAGAAAUGAUGCCAACAUUUUUCAUGCUGAUGAUUGUUGGAGGAAUUAGGCACCCUUUGAUUUGUGCAUCUCUUGGAGCUGUUUAUAUUGUAUCUCGCUAUUUCUACUUCACUGGUUAUUCCACUGGCGAUCCCCAAAAUCGUCUUACUCUUGGGAAAUACAAUUUCUUGGCAAUUAUGGCACUGAUGAUUUGCGCAGCAUCUUGUGGAGUUAAUUUUCUUAUGUCGUGAAUAUUUGUCUCAAAUAGAGUAACCUCCUUGUAAUUCCCUUUAUUUCCAGUAAGAGAUGAUGUCUUUUUUAUGUCUGUUUUGUCAUUAAUAUGAAUUAAAUUGGUACUUUCUGUAUCAAGUUACCUCAUCUGCAUACUGUUUUCAGUGUUUGCCAUUUUUAGUUACAGUGAUUUUAUUAUGAUUUGGAAGGAAAUUGGCAUUGCUCAAGACUAUUGUAAUAUGACUUCAUGUUUGGAAUCGUUUGAUCUUAA